GCGAACGCUUCGUUCAAGUUGGGGAGCGAGAGCGUAUAUAAACGUAUAGUGAACUGUCACGUUCACUUUGUAGCAGGCUUAUGAGUGUUUGAAUAAGUGAGAUUGUGCCACUUCGGUUCGGUUGACAAGAGACAGUGAAUAGUGACAUAUCAAUAAGUUGCAGCUACAAGCUCGGCUAAUGCCAAAAGUAGUGUCGACGGUCAAUUGCCCCGACGGCUCGCCUCGCCAAGCAGAUUGCUGCAGCGGAGGCUAUCAAUGAGACCGCGAAGCCUGCGGUAGCUGGGCUGAAGCUGCAGCUCAAACAAGUGCGAGUGUCAAGCGAGCUAUCCGACAAAUCUGAAAUAGUGCCACUUACCUAGCUACAAGGCUGUGCGUUUGUAUGCAGAGCAGCUGGGUCAGUAGGGUUAGGGUCUGCAGUAAGCGCUAGUCACGGGACCCUCCGGGGCGUUCGGAACGCUGGUGGCCCCUGCCGCGGCUCCUGCUUCUUCCAAGGAGCUGGAGGGCUACGGGGCCCAAGGGCCCCCCCAAGGGGGGAUCGCCCAGGCUGGCCCCCGGAUAAGGGUUGCCAGUCUAGGUGCCUCAUGCUGCGCCCCCUUGCCUGUCACCCAGGCUCACAACAUUGGCAUAGGGCGGUGUGGUUUGGCGAUGCUUUUGUCAUGCGCAGGAUGUGAAAAGCCUAUCAUGGAUAAGUUCCUGUUUAAUGUUCUGGACCGAGCUUGGCACGCUGACUGCGUGCGAUGCUGUGAUUGCAGAAACCCUCUUCAAGAAAAAUGCUUUUCCAGGGAACACAAGCUUUUUUGUCGAAACGACUUUUUCAAACGAUAUGGCACAAAGUGUGGCGGUUGUUCUCAAGGCAUCAAUCCGUCAGAUUUGGUUCGAAAAGCACGAGACAAAGUUUUUCAUUUGAAUUGCUUCACAUGCUUAGUGUGUCGAAAACAAAUGAGCACCGGUGAGGAACUCUAUGUGCUUGAUGACAAUACCUUCGUCUGCAAAGAAGACUACCUCUCGGGAAAAACUUUGCCGAUCGGUCAUCAUAUGCACGGACGACACGGUGCAGACUCAUUGAUGGGUUCAGGGUCAGAGGACGAAGAGGAUGAAACUAGUAAUGCUGCUCAUCAACAUUCCGGAGCUGUCGGUGUUACACACCUCGGAGUGCACAGUAUGGGUUCUGGUGGUCCAGGCGAACAAGUGGUUGGAUCCCAAGGAGACUUACCUCUUGGAAAUGAUCCUUGCAAGCAAGAAGACUCCGAAGACCAAGGCUCGCUUGAUGGUGAUCCGGAAACACGAGAUAGUCAAACAGAGAACAAAAGUCCAGACGGUGGCGCGGGUGGUGGCGGUGGUGACGGGGGCGCAGGCUCAAAGCGUCGUGGACCGCGUACUACUAUCAAGGCUAAACAACUGGAAAUAUUAAAGACAGCCUUCUCACAGACGCCCAAGCCUACGAGGCACAUCCGAGAGCAACUAGCCAAGGAGACCGGGCUUCCUAUGAGGGUCAUUCAAGUCUGGUUUCAGAAUAAGCGUAGCAAGGAGCGCCGUCUCAAGCAGCUUACCUCCAUGGGCAGGAGUCCGUUCUUCGGGGGUUCGCGCAAGAUGCGUGGCUUCCCGCUAAAUCUCAACCACGCGGGCCUCGGCACAGAAGACGGACCACCACCGGGCUUUCCCUACUUUGCCGACAAAUUUGAUUUUGGUUACGCGGGUCCCGUGGCUUUUCACCAUGAGUUUUUUGCUACUCAGCAUCCAACACCUCACCCUCAUGGACCAUCCUUUCCUCAAGGUCCACCAAAUCCCGGUCUUGACCCUACGAGUAUAGCAGGUAUGGCGGCGGCAGCAGCAGUUGCGGGUGAGUACCCGCCACCCGGAGCCGGGCCUCCGGAAUUUCUCGGAGGGCCUCCUGCACAAGGACCCCCAUUGCCCUCGGCUGGUAGCCCCGGGGAGUUCCUUACGCCCGCAGGUGGCGGGCAAUCAAAUUCCAGCGGAGGCGGCAAUACAGGUGGUCCAGGAAGUGUAGGAGGAGGUACCGGGUUCCCCGAGCAACAUCAGAUGCAACAGAGUGAAGGCCUCGUAUGGUAGGAGACCAAACGUUCGUCCUCACGUUGGUGCUCUCAUUUUUUUCUCGUCUAUUUCUAUCAGAUUUUUUGCUUGGUUCACACAUCAGCCCUUUUUUGCUGGUUCACUCAUAAGCUUGUCUUAUCAAGAAAAAUAAAAGAAAAUAGAGAAUGAUUACGCUGCAAUAGAACCAAGAAAAAAUAAGAAAUGAUAGAAAGAAUAGGAAAUGCGAUUAUUUAGCUCUGCACCGAGAAAAAAUUAUAGGAACAGUUGCUAUAUAAAAGGUAGAAAUUACUAUAAUUUUGAACUAUUUCAGUAACGCUAAAUAUGUUACUCAUGUACAGCAGGAAAAUUUGUUAAUAUAGUAUAACUCACUAUUUUUAACCACUUUACUAUAUUCCGGUUUAUUCUAUGCUGCGUGGUAAAGUUGAAUAUCAUAUUUUUUCUCGGUGUCUUAUCGUUGUAUCACAGUCCAAAAAUAUUGCAAUAAAAGAUGUCGCCUACUUAAUUUAUUCGCAUACUCUUUCCCA